AAUGCAUACGGGAACGACGCAGAUAAUUAAAAUCAUUUACUCGUGGAACAAAACACCCUACUUGUCAAGUCAAUUUACCUACCCAACCUUCUAUCUUAGCUUUAUCUGCCACACAAGAAUUGCAAGUCACGAGGAAUAGAACAAAUGAUAUCUCAAUUAAUUUGUGUAAUUAAAUAUAUAAGAUCAAUUAAUCCUAAAUUAAUUUGUUGGUAGAAUCAUAGGGAUGUACCAUAUAUGAUAUGAAAUUGAAUGGUCACGAUUCACGAGCCCCUUCUCCAGCUCUCUCUCUCUCUCUCUAUGACAAAGUCAAAGUCUCUUCUUUCUGCCUGACAUUGGUUUUGGCCAUCAAGCUAGACCUCUCAAACUCUUGAGUGGCAGCAUAAAUAUGAGGAGUGACGUCUUUGCUGCUUAACUUAAUUUAACUGCAUCUCUCUCUCUCUCUCUCUCUCUCUCUCUCUCUCUCUCAUAGCAUAUCAUAUCAUAUCUGGGUGGAGUUUUCCGAAGGAAUAAAUUAAGAAAAGAGAACAUGGCAGGGGAGGAGGAUAAAUUAGGGCGGUCGUUGGAAGAGACGCCGACGUGGGCGGUGGCGGCAGUCUUCGUCGUGUUGAUUGCUGUUUCCAUUGUCAUUGAGUAUGUCAUUCACCUCAUCGGACAUUGGUUUAAAAAGAAGCACAAAAUCGCCCUCUACGAAGCACUCGAAAAGGUCAAAGCAGAGCUGAUGCUGUUGGGAUUCAUAUCGUUGCUGCUGACGGUAUUGCAAGGAGAAAUUUCAAAAAUCUGCAUUCCGAAGAGUGCAGGGGACACCUGGCAUCCCUGCGACAAGAAGGCCGCCGAAGAAUCAGAUAAUUCCGGUCAGGAGGACCGCCGCCGCAAGCUUCUCGGCCUGUUCCAAUAUUCCGGCGGCCCCACAAGCACUCGCCGCAUCUUAGCCGGUGGAUAUACUGACAAAUGCUUGGACAAGGGCAAAGUUGCAUUGGUGUCUAAGGACGGGAUUCACCAACUCCACAUUUUCAUUUUUGUGCUAGCAGUCGUUCACGUGCUGUACUGUAUUACCACUUUGGCUUUAGGCAGAGCCAAGAUGAGAAAAUGGAAGUCCUGGGAAAAUGAGACAAAGACAAUUGAAUACCAGUACUCGAAUGAUCCUGAGAGGUUUAGGUUCGCAAGGAACACAACAUUUGGGCGCAGGCAUUUAAAAUUUUGGAGUCAAUCAACUGUUCUCCUUUGGAUGAUGUGCUUCUUCAGACAAUUCUUCAGAUCAGUUACUAAGAUCGAUUACUGGACACUAAGGCAUGGAUUUAUUGCGGCACAUUUGGCGCCGGGGAGCGAAGCAAAAUUUGAUUUUCGAAAGUACAUAAGUAGGUCACUUGAUGAGGAUUUCAAAGUCGUGGUGGGGAUCAGUCCCAUAAUAUGGUUUUUUGCAAUGUUGUUCCUACUUUCCAAUGUGCAUGGAUGGUAUUCCUACCUGUGGCUACCGUUUAUCCCACUAAUUAUCAUCCUGGUGGUGGGAGCAAAACUACAGGUGAGCAUAACCAAGAUGGGGCUGAGGAUUCAAGAGAGAGGUGACAUUGUGAAGGGCGCCCCAGUGGUCCAGCCAGAUGAUAAUUUCUUUUGGUUCGGUAGCCCUCGCUUCAUUCUCUUUUUGAUUCACUUUGUUCUCUUUCAGAAUGCAUUUCAGCUGGCUUUCUUUGUAUGGAGCACGUAUGAAUUUGGAUGGAGAUCUUGCUUUCACGAACGCCUUGAAGACAUAAUCAUUAGAAUAUCUAUGGGGGUUAUCAUACAAUUUAUAUGCAGUUAUGUCACUCUUCCACUAUAUGCUUUGGUAACACAGAUGGGUUCAACGAUGCGACCCACCAUUUUCACCGACCGCGUCGCGACGGGACUCCAGAGCUGGUACCACUCGGCCAAGAAGCAAGCCAAGCACGGUCAUUCCGGCACAUCGUACUCUGCCAGGCCGUCGACUUCGACGGACCGCAUGUCCCCCGUUCACCUUCUCCACAAUUUCCCCCAAACGCUCGACAGCAAUCAAACGUCUCCCCGCGUCUCCAAUUGUCACAAUAUUAAUGAUCGAUGUUUGGACGCCGAUGGCUCACCUUCACCUCCUCUUUGCGAAGGCGGCGGCGACGAGCACUGGGUCGAGCUUAGCUCCGCCGUGUCAUCGCGCCAGGCGACAAAUCGCACCGCGCCGACUAAUCAGCGUGAAAUUGACAUUAAGGAUUUCUCGUUUGAAAAGAGAGGAAUUAAUUUAUAGGUUUGAGGAAUACUGCUUCACAUUUGCUUAUACAUGAUUAUGUCACUUUGUAACCCACUAUUUAUAAUAUUUUGGUUCAUUUUUGUGUAGAUUA